CAUUGGAAUGAAUGUGAAGUGUCAUUUUGCAUCCAAUUCUGUGUACACCUACAGUUGAAUAUUUAAUAUUGUUUAAUUGAGUCAUAUUUUAAUACCACCCGGAUUAAAAUAAAAACAGCGAAUGGAUAGAUCACGUCAGACAAUAUAUUGUUCGUAGGUGGCACAGUUCUGUAGUAGGAUUAAUGUGAUACACUCAUGAUAGGCGUACAUAUGUAUUAUAAAUAAUUCAGUUGGCUAAUCCUAUUUCGUGGUUGUAAGUCGUAAUCUUUAUUUAACUGGAACAAAAUCAAGUCUAUUAUAUCAAUGUUUUUCUAAUAUACAUUAAUAUAUACUGCCAAAUAUGUAGUAGUUUUAUUUUGUAAAGAAAUAACCUUAGUUCAAUCAAAGUAAAUACUCCAAUUUACAACAGUUCUUUCAUAUCUAUUACAAAAAUACUUUGCAACAAUUGGGGUUAAAGAUGGCAGAUAAAGAUUACAGCCCUUUAAGUUUGGCUUGUGUCAAAUCGCUGUCGGACAAAUCUUACGAGAAACGCCGACAAGCAGCUGCCGAAAUCGAAAAGAUGGUGAAGGACUUUACACAAAUGAAAAAUUCUGAGCAAAUUAAGAAACUUCUUCGCGUGCUUGGCCAUGACUUUACUAUGUCCCAAAUGACCAACUGGAGAAAAGGUGGAAUAAUUGGACUGGCGUCAUCCGCCAUGGGACUUGGACGUGAUGCGGGAAAUUAUAUUGACGAAUUAAUACUGCCGAUACUUCACUGUUUUGGAGAUUCUGACCCUAGAGCGAGGUAUUACGCGUGUGAGGGUCUGUACAACGUGACCAAAGUUGCUCGUGGCGCAAUCCUGCUCCAUUUUAACGAAAUAUUUAACGCUUUGAGUAAACUAGCCGCUGACCCUGAUCAAAAUGUCCGCAGUGGCACGGAAAUGCUGGAUCGUUUACUAAAGGACAUUGUAACCGAAAGUGCAUCAUUCGACCUUGUGACUUUCAUUCCUCUGUUACGGGAGAGAUUAUAUACCAAAAACACAUUUGCUCGUCAGUUUGUUAUAUCUUGGAUUUCAGUACUUCAUGCAGUACCUGACAUCAAUUUGGUAAUUUUUCUACCCGAGCUAUUGGACGGGUUAUUUCACAUACUUGAAGACCCUACAAUGGAAAUAAAGAAAAUGUGUGAAACUGUUCUUGGAGAGUUUUUAAGAGAGAUCAUUAAAAAUCCAAAUUAUGUUGACUUUUCUGGAAUGAUCAACAUUUUAAUUGCUCACAGCCAGUCUAAAGAUGAACUAUUACAGUCUUCAAUUUUCAAGCAACUGAUGGCUGUUACAUGGAUUAAAGAAUUUGUUUCUUUGGCUGGAACUGAUAUGGUGCCUUAUGGAUCUGGGAUUCUUUCAGCUGUUCUUCCAUGUUUAGCGUACGAGGAUGACAAUCGCAAAAAUAUAAGGGAAACAGGAAAAGCGGUGAACUACAGUCUCAUGAAGCUCAUCACAAACUUUAAUGAGCAGAGCGUAACAUCAGCAAAUAAAAUAGAAACAACACAAGUUAAAGAUAACGGAGAUGAAUCGACGACGGCCAAGACACCGUCAAAACCAAUUGCUGUCGAUCUAACAUCCUUAGUAGAUGUUUUAACUCGGAAUCUCCAAAACACUGCUGUGUCCACCAAGGUCGCAGUUCUUCGAUGGAUUUACCAUCUGACAUUAGGAUUAAUAAAGAUGGCCAAAAUGAAUGCAAAUAUUGACCAUUUAAAAAUGGGGGAUGAAAUGUUCCGUUUUGUUGAUGAGACGUUUCCAGUGCUUUUGAAGACUUUGUCAGAUCCAAGUGAUGAAGUUGUUCUGCUAAGUUUGGAGGUCUUGGCCGAAAUUGUAUCAUUUCCAUGCAAAAGCAGAGAAGGUGGUGAUGACCUACCUGUUAAGAUUGAGAUUCAGAACAAUCCAUAUUUUAUCAAGUUUGUGGUAAGCCUACUGGGAUUAUUUUCAACUGAUAGACAAUUGCUGGAAGACCGAGGAGCUUUCAUUAUUCGGCAGCUGUGCGUACUCUUGAGUUCUGAAGCAAUAUACCGAACUAUUUCUGAAAUUUUACUGGAGGAAGAGAAUUUCAAGUUUGCCAAUGUAAUGGUUGAAACUUUGAACACUAUAUUGCUAACAUCUGCAGAACUAUUUGAAUUGCGUAUGCAGUUAAAGGAAUUGAAAACCAGGGAAAGUUGUUCUUUGUUCACUUCCCUUUAUCGCACUUGGGCUCAUGACCCAGUAGCAACUGUGGCACUAUGUCUUCUCACUCAAAAUUAUGAUCAUGCUUGUGAUAUCAUUCGGACCUUCGGUCAAAUUGAAGUCACCGUCGAGUUCCUCGUUGAAAUUGAUAAGUUGGUCCAACUAAUAGAGUCCCCAAUUUUUACAUAUCUCAGACUAGAUUUACUCGACGGGCAUCACAACACUGAAUUAGUUCAGGCGCUGUACGGGCUUCUAAUGUUGUUACCUCAAAGUGAAGGAUUUCAUGUUCUACAAAGACGUUUAAACUGUGUUCCAAGUUUUCAUUUACCUCCAGGCAGCAAGCUUCAUGGAGAACCCAAGACUGAAGAACGUGUCUUUGUAAAAGAAAUAACUUUUAAGGAGCUACUCGUUCAUUUCAGGACUGUUCAAGAGCGACACAAGCGUUCAAAACAAGCUAACAAGACGGCAGAAUUGAUUGAAAAGGGAAUGAAAGCAAUGGAUUUUUAACAAAAGUAUUAUUGCAUAAGUUUGUCUUCCUUUUUACCAAAGCAAAUCCAACAGUUAACUGAAUUGUAUUACCUAAUGUUUAAAUUUAAUGUACGCAAUGAUAUUCCAUUUAUGAAUUCAGGCCGAACGAUUAUAUAGUAAUGAUAUGCUUAUAGUUGCAAGGUUUCUUAAAUUUUAGAUAAUGAUUAAUAAUUUUUAUCGACAUUUGUCCAAUAAAUAAUAAAGUAGUAGACUUUAAGAUAUCUC